AUGCGGACCUUUAUUGUAUUGUGUUUGGUGGCUGCAGCCUGUGCCGAUCAAUUGGGUUACAAUUAUCACCCAGUGGGUCACAGCUCUAACAACUAUGCUGCUGGCUCAAAUGCUGCCCCCAGUUAUGCUGGCUCUGAAGGAGUUUCCGAUUAUGCUGCAGGUUCGAAUGCCGCCCCCAGUUAUGCUGGUUCUCAGGGUGACCUAGGUCAAGCAUCUCAUGAUAAUGCCGCUUUUGCACCUCAAGCUGAACUCGAAAAGGAAUUCUUUACAUACACCGCCAACGAAGAGGACUUCAACGAACCCGCCGCUUCCAAUCAACUCUCAAACUCCUUGAAGCAAGGUCUCCGUGUUGUUUUCAUUAAAGGACCUGAAAACAGCGGCUUGGAAAAUGCUGCUCUUGCUUUGGCCAAACAAGGUUCUGAACAAAAGACCGACAUUUAUGUUCUACAAAAGCAAGCCGAUCUCAGCAGCUUGGCCAACAAUUUGAACAGCGAUAACAAGAACAACAACAAUAAACCCGAAGUACACUUCGUCAAAUACCGUACCCCCGAAGAUGCUGCCAACGCUCAAAAAGCUAUCCAAGGUCAAUACGAUUCUUUGGGUGGUAGCUCUCAGUCUCAUGAUGGUGGUGUUGCUCCAGUCUUGAACUUUGCUUCUCAAGCUCCUGUUGCUUCUGAUGGAUCCCAUGGACCUUCUUAUCUUCCAGCUUCAAUUUUCCGCCGUUUGCGCUUGUAG